GCACCCGUAAGUGUCGAGUUCGGGCUCCAUACCCAAACCUGUGGAAGAACCAGAGAGCAGCGAAAGGGCGGAGCGCCAUGGAAAGCAGUGAAUAAGCACAUCGCAGAGAAGCGUAUAAAAAAGGUUCAGAUUGAGAGAGCUUCUUCAAAUGUAUCUCUACAAUCCAUUUUCCUCUCCACUUCCUCCAAUCACCGUUACUGCUGACUCUACUUUGGCUCCUCUCCCGAUUCACCUAAACCUUAAGAAGAAGCCGAUUCGUUACUUGACUCGCUGGCGGGUCGGUCACCGGCCCGUUCAUCGGCCGACAUCCUCCCAAAGACAAGCUGUUUCAUGCUGCUUCUCAAUGCCCGUUCAUUGCCACGCCUCAUCUACUCAGGUGCAUGAUAGCUUGAAGUAUUCCAGGGCAUACUGGGUCAGUAGAUUUACAAUUGCUUGGAAUAUGGAUGUUGGAGAUGGUUUAUGUUAUUUGUAUGCUAGCAAAACUGCUUCUUUAUCUAUCACAAAUGAUGGGAUUCAAGGCUAUGAUGUGAAAAUCAAGCUUGAAGCAGACAAUAGUGGGCUCUCAGAAAAUGUCAUGGAAAAAUUUCCUCAUAUUCGAGAUUAUAGAGCUUUCAGGCUUCCUUCUACUUUGGAUGUUAAGAGCCUACUCAAAUGCCAGUUAUCUGUCGCUUUAUGCACUUCUGAUGGAAAAUGGACUACUGCUACUGGUUUGCAGUUACCUGGUGUCCUUGAUGAAAUGUUUUCCUAUAAUGGACCCCUUGGUGCUGUUUUUUCGAAAGAAGUUGUCUCACUUUACAUCUGGGCUCCUACUGCUCAAGCUGUGCGUGCUUGCAUAUAUAAGGACUCGUUAGGUGGGAAUCCCAUAGAGAUUGUCCCUCUUCAGGAGUUCAAUGGUGUUUGGAGUGCUAUUGGUCCAAGAAGUUGGGAAGGCUUGUAUUAUGUGUAUGAAGUCUCUGUUUACCAUCCUAGCACCUUGCAAAUUGAAAAAUGCAUUGCCAAUGAUCCAUAUGCUAGAGGGCUUUCAGCUGAUGGCAGGAGGACAUUGUUUGUUGAUCUUGAUUCAGAUUCCUUGAAACCUGAAGGAUGGGAUAAUUUGGCAAAUGAGAAACCGACUCUUCUCUCAUUCUCUGACAUCAGCAUUUAUGAGUUGCAUGUCAGAGAUUUUAGUGCUAAUGAUCCUACCGUGCAUCCUGAAUUUCAUGGUGGUUAUCUUGCUUUUGCUUCCGAGGAUUCAGCAUGUGUGCAUCAUCUAAAGAGAGUAUCCAAUGCUGGAAUCACUCAUGUGCAUCUGCUGCCAACCUUCCAAUUUGCUGGUGUUGCUGAUGAGAAGGAUAAGUGGAAGAAUGCAGAUACGAGAAUGUUAGAAUCAUUACCACCAGAUUCAGAUAAACAGCAGGCUCAUAUUACUGCCAUCCAAAAUGAGGAUGGGUACAACUGGGGCUACAACCCUGUUCUCUGGGGAGUGCCCAAAGGGAGCUAUGCAAUUAAUCCAAAUGGUCCAAGCCGUACCAUUGAGUUUAGGAAGAUGGUGCAGGCACUUAACCAUAUUGGACUUCGUAUUGUCUUGGAUGUUGUAUAUAAUCAUUUGCAUGGAAGUGGCCCAAUUGAUGAGAACUCUGUUCUUGACAAGAUUGUUCCAGGUUACUAUCUUAGAUUGAACACUGAUGGCUGCAUUGAGCAUAGCGCGUGUGUAAAUAACACUGGCAGUGAGCAUUUUAUGGCUGAACGUUUGAUUAUUGAUGAUCUUUUAUGCUGGGCAGUUCAUUAUAAGGUUGAUGGAUUUCGAUUUGAUCUUAUGGGUCAUAUAAUGAAACGUACCAUGCUUAAGGCAAGGAGUGUGCUAAAUGACCUAUCAAAGGACACAAGGGGGGUAGAUGGAUCUAGUAUUUAUUUAUAUGGUGAAGGAUGGGAUUUUGGUGAAGUGGCCAAAAAUGGACGUGGGAUAAAUGCUUCCCAGUUCAACCUUUCUGGAACUGGAAUUGGGAGCUUCAAUGAUCGAAUUCGAGAUGCAAUGCUCGGUGGAUCUCCAUUUGGUCAUCCUCUUCAACAAGGUUUCAUAACAGGUUUGCUAUUGCAGAAAAAACAUUCAUUUACACCUUGGCAGCCCAAUGAACACGACCAUGGUUCUGAAGCUGUUCAAGAGCAUAUGCUUGCUGGAUUGAAGGAUCACAUUCAGGUUGGGAUGGCUGCAAACCUGAGGGACUUUGUGCUAACCAAUUGUGACGGAGAAGAGGUGAAAGGAUCAGAAGUUUCUACAUAUGAUGGUGUACCUGUGGCAUAUGCUCUAAGUCCAACAGAAACAAUUAAUUAUGUUUCUGCUCAUGAUAAUGAGACCCUGUUUGACAUUGUGAGUUUGAAGACUGCAAUGGAAAUUUCUGUAGAUGAGAGAUGCAGGUUAAAUCAUUUGGCUACAAGUAUCGUUGCACUUUCACAGGGAAUACCUUUUUUUCAUUCAGGUGACGAGUUGCUGCGCUCAAAAUCACUUGAUCGCGAUUCAUAUAAUUCUGGCGAUUGGUUCAACAGAUUGGAUUUCAGCUACAGUUCUAACAACUGGGGUGUUGGCCUUCCGCCAAAAGAAAAAAAUGAGAAGAACUGGCCCCUGAUUAAACCAAGAUUAGCAGAUCCAUCAUUCAAGCCACGAAGCAGUCACAUUCUUGCAGCCAUAGAUAACUUUCUAAACAUGUUACAAAUUAGGUACUCUUCACCACUUUUCCGUUUGAAGACUGCAAAUGCUAUUCAGCAACGUGUACGAUUUCAUAACACUGGCCCCUCAUGGGUACCUGGUGCCAUUGUGAUGAGCAUUGAAGAUGGCCAUGAAGGUGUCCCUGGGUUAUCUCAACUGGAUCCCAACUACUCAUACAUAGUUGUUAUAAUCAAUGUCUGCCCAACUGCUGUUACAUUUUUCACCCCUGCACUGCGGGCAAGAAGUUUUGAGUUGCACCCUGUACAGGUGAUGUCGGGGGAUGAAAUUGUCAAGAAUUCAACAUAUGAAGCUUCUACUGGGUGCUUUGCUGUUCCUCCAAGGACAACAUCUGUCUUCGUCCAGCCCAGAUGAAGUAUCUGUUUCUGGUGCCAUGACACACAUAUUCAUGGCAGCUUAAUAUUCAUAAUAUUAUCUUAUCUGGAAUUUGCUUGCACAACAUUUUGAUGUAUUUUGUGUAAAGUGAGAAAUUUCCUAAAUAAGUGUCUCAAUCAUAGUUGCAUGAGAGGGAGAAUUGUGCAAAGACAAAUUUAGGACUUAUAUUGCUGGUUUUCUCUGCAAUUUUUGUUAGGCUGCCACCCGCAGUGGUGCAAAUUUGUUAAAAUGUUUAUUCCUAAUCAAGUAUUUGGCUCCAUUAUGCUUUUGAAUUACAA